AUGGCAGAGGUUGAAAACUCACAUCUGAUAGAUCCAUAUCUACCAAUUGGUGUUAUAUAUAGUUCGUCGAGUCAUCCAUCGAGUACUGUUGUUGAUAGUCGUAGUUUUGCACAAUAUCCAUUUCCUGCAUUGAUACAUCAUCACCAGGUUGAUUACAGUAGUGGCGGAAGUAGCAGCAGUAGUAGUAGUAGUAGUAGUCAAAUUCAGUCAAAAUCAAUUUUAAAUAGCAAUAUACUACACCACAAUCAUCAACAUCAACAACAACAAAACAACAAUCCUAUUCAACAACAACAACAACAACAACAACAAAACAAUAAUAUCGGUCAAAAGAAAAGAAAGACAUCAAGAAAUACUUUUGUAAAGGAAUCUCCUAUUGUCGAUGAAUCUUUGGUUUAUAAACAGUUUCAAAAUCAAUACUUUAAUGACAUAAAAUUACAACAACAACAACAACAACAACAAUUCAAUCCACAAUUAAUUAAAUUAAAAGAAGAAGAUAAACAUAAUCUUCAUCAAUUAUUAUUUUUACAGCAACAACAACAACAGCAACAACUUCAAAAGCAGAGAUGGAUGGAUGAUAAACAUCAACAUCACUCUUCUUCUUCAUCACCACAUGUAUUUUUCAAUACAUUUGAUGAAGUAAAGCCAAAUAAUAAUAAUAAUAAUUAUAUUUUAGAUAAAGAUGAGAAUUUAAUUAUUCAACAACAACAACAACAACAUCAAGUGAAGAAGCAACAACAACAAUCACAACCAACUAUAGCUACAAAUUUUACAUUUAUUUCACCAAAUUUAAAUAAUACCAAUACUAGUAAUAAUAAAAAGAAAUCGAUAUCUACAUCAAAUGUUCAAUCAUCACAACAGUCACCAUCAAACUAUAGUUUGAUGACAUCAACAUUCCCAUAUAUACAAUCAAUCACCAAUAAUAGUACAUUGAAACAAACAAGCCAACCGAUUAAUACAACAACACAAAUUCCACAACACCAACACCAACAACAACAACAGAUUCAUAAACCAAUUCCAAACAAACCAUCAUUGAACAACAACAAGAAAAAUAGCACAUCUCUUCAUACACCGAUCGUGACAGCAACAGGAUCAUCACUAGGAGGCCCAGCACCACGACCCUACUCAUUUAUUACCAUCUCGGACAAGCUCAAUGCCUUCAAACCAAUCACCAAAGAGUUCCCACCAACAGCAUACACCAACUCUAGUUUCCCUGUACUCCACUUUGCAACUCCAUCGUCACCAACCUUUACUUCCAAUCGAACACACUACUCAUUAUCUCCAUUUAUACCAAUCGAAAAAGAUACUGUUUUUCCCUGUACAACAACUACUACCACUACCGCAAAUGCAACACCAACUACCAAUGUUCAAUCUAUAACAACACCAAUCAAUAAUAUUCAUAAUGUAAUUUAUAAUCAACCACCAAAUAAUAAUAAUAAUAAUAAUAAUAACAAUACAUUAAAUAUAUCAAAACAACAAUUCGAACAACAAAUCAUUAAGAAUAAUACACAUCAUAAUCAUCAACAACAACAAAGCAAUAAUAAUAAUAUAUCAAAUAACCAGAAUAACAUUUUACCGAAAAAGAAAAAGAAGUCACAAGGAUACUGCGAGUGUUGUAAUGCUGAAUUUGAGAAUCUAAAGACUCAUCUUGAGAGUAAAGAGCAUCGUAGUUUUGCAGAGAAAGAUAAGAACUAUUCAAAGAUUGACAGUAUCAUCAUGAAUAUCUCUUUCUUUGUCUAUAAUAAUUAA